AUGAUCAAACCAAAGCAUCAUGUUUGGAAACAUUUUCAAGAAGUACGCGAUGGUAAAUCAGUUAAAGCGGUGUACAAGUUUUGCAAGAUGUCCUAUAUCACCCACGUUAAUAGAAUGGUCAAACAUUUAUUAAGCAGCUGUACUAUGUGCCCUGUUAUAAUUAAGGAAAAAUUUUAUUCAAAUUCCAAAAUAUCAACCUCUACAAAAAAUAUCACAAAUGUAAUUUGUAAUACUUCUAAGUCUAACUCUAAUGAAGAAUUGGGUGAAAUUAGUGAGAAUGAUUAUCAAAUGAACAAUAUUUUGUCUUGUGACUCAGGAGAAUUUGAUUCCAUUAUUUCUAAUCAAUCUACAAGCAAGGCGAUUAAAUAUAAAUCUCAAUCUUGUAUAACCGGUUUCAUAGAUAGAAUUAAUCCCAAAGAAAAAAAUGAGCUGAAUCAAUUGUUUGCAAAGGCUGUAUAUGCGAGCAAUUUACCUUUCCACAUCACUGAAAAUCCCUACAUCCAAGAAUUUUUUAAAAAAAUACGUCCUAUUUACACAUUACCCAGGAGAAGGCAGCUGGCUGGAUAUCUUCUAGACAAAGCGUCAGGUGAUAUGGAGGUGAGAGUUGCAGAUAUAAUAGAUAAAGCUCCUUACUUAUCAAUUGUAUCAGAUGGCUGGAGCAACAUUAGAAACGAGAGUAUUAUUAAUUUUAUGGUGAUGACGCCUGUUCCAGUGUUCUACAAAUUUCUAAAUACUGAGGAAAAUCGCCAUACGGCAGAUUAUAUUGCCCAGGAAUUUAAAAAUGUAAUUCAUGAAUUGAAUCCGGUAAAAGUAUAUUCUUUAGUUACUGAUAAUGCCGCUAACAUGAAAGCAGCCUGGAGAAGUCUAAAAUCUGAAUCUAUUUAUAAUCAUAUACAAUGUUAUGGUUAUGCAGCGCAUACAUUGCAGUUAUUCUUUCACGAUUUUGAACGAUUGAACGCCUUCAGUGACCAUAUUUCAAUAAUUAAAAAAAUUGUUAAAUUUUUCAAGAAUAAACACAUACCAGCUGCAGUAUUUUCCCGUAAUAAGAAUCUUCAUGGCAUACCAUCUACAUUAAGUACAAUUAGCCAAACAAGAUGGGCAUCGUCAAUAAAAUGUAUGGAACAAAUUCAAAUAUGCAAGAAAGCUCUAAAAGCAUCAGUUGUUGAAGAAGCUGUUUGUGAUAUUUGUCCCAUAGAAAUUACCAAUAAUAUAUUAAACGAAGAAUUUUGGACGAAAAAUUUAAAAUUUUUAGCUAUACUCCAACCUUUAGCUACCUUUGUUGAAAGUGCAAGGGGAUAA